AAAAUACAUCAACUUCUACACAGGAAACUCUGAUCGUUCAAGGCUCGUACGGACUAGACAUACAUUUAUUGAGCACAUGUAGAUGCGCGCCGCCACAAACUCAUAGGUAAUCGAGGCAUAGUAACGUGGUGAUCGUCGCUCUCCAGUGGUCAGUGCGGUGACGUGAAAUUUCGGAAUUAAAACACCAAAUCCAAGGGGAAAAUGUUCUCGCUACUUGUUGCAUCUGCUACCUGGGUUUCUUCGGCCUUACUGGUGACCAAAAUGCCUGAGGCUGAGGCGGGAAUGAGGGCCAAGCAAAUGCCCGAAGCUUCCGAGAGUCUCUUCACCACUUUGGACGUCGUCAUCAUCGCCAUACUUGUUGGGGGCAUUGGAUAUUAUUUCUUGAACAAGAGGAAACAGGAGAGGGACAAUGCCGCCAAAAGGACGUACUCGAUACAACCCUCUAUUACGACACUACAAUCAUCUACUGAAACUUCUUUCAUCACAAAGUUGAAUUCUUCGGGAAGAAGUUUAGUAGUAUUUUAUGGUAGUCAAACGGGAACAGGGGAGGAGUUUGCAGGACGAUUGGCCAAGGAAGGUAUCAGAUACAGGAUGAAAGGCAUGGUUGCGGAUCCAGAAGAAUGUGAUAUGGAAGAACUAGUUAAUUUGAAAACCAUCCCCAACUCUCUGGCUGUUUUCUGCCUGGCGACUUAUGGUGAAGGUGAUCCUACUGACAACGCUAUGGAAUUCUUCGAAUGGCUGAAAAGCGGCGAUGCAGAUCUUACAGGACUCAACUACGCUGUCUUCGGUCUCGGAAAUAAAACCUAUGAACAUUACAAUGAGGUAGCUAUUUAUGUAGAUAAACGAAUGGAAGAACUUGGAGCUACAAGGGUCUAUGAACUCGGCCUUGGAGAUGACGAUGCAAACAUCGAGGAAGACUUCAUAAUGUGGAAAGAUAAAUUCUGGCCGGCAGUAUGUGAUUACUUCGGAAUAGAAUCUUUUGGCGAAGAAGUGAGCAUGAGACAAUAUCGCCUCGAAGAAUUCGUGGAUGAUCUACCUGACAGGAUUUUCACUGGCGAGAUGGCUAGAUUGCAUUCUCUAAAGAACCAAAGACCGCCUUACGACGCUAAAAAUCCAUUCCUAUCCAAGGUUUUGGUUAACCGAGAAUUGCACAAAAACGGGGAUCGCAGUUGCAUGCACAUAGAAUUCGAUAUAGAGGGCUCUAAAAUGAGAUACGAGGCAGGUGACCAUUUGGCUGUUUACCCAGUGAAUAACACCGAACUGGUGGAGAAGCUUGGAGAAUUAACUGGCAAAGAUUUGAACACUGUGUUUUGUCUCAUCAAUACAGACGAAGAUUCCAGCAAGAAGCAUCCAUUCCCUUCGCCAUGUUCCUAUAGAACCGCCCUGACGCACUAUUUGGAUAUAACUAGUCACCCUAGAACCCACGUCUUGAAGGAAUUAAUCGAGUAUUGUUCAGAUCCAGAGGACAAGGAGAAAUUAAAGCUAUUAUCAAGCAUAUCAACAGAGGGCAAAGCUUUGUACCAGAAGUGGGUUAUUGAUGAUUGCAGAAAUAUUGUUCAUAUUUUAGAGGAUAUACCAUCUUGCAAGCCAGCGCUGGACCAUCUUUGCGAAUUACUACCACGACUACAACCACGUUACUAUUCCAUUUCUUCUUCACCCAAACUGUACCCAGACUCCGUUCAUAUAACUGCUGUAGUAGUUGAAUAUGAAACACCUACUGGAAGAACAAACAAGGGUGUUGCUACAACAUGGCUCAAGCAGAAAAUACCUAAAGAAGGAGAAGAACCUUACAUAGUACCCAUUUUCAUAAGAAAAUCGCAGUUCAGGCUACCAUCCAAAACUCAGACUCCUAUAAUAAUGAUUGGACCUGGUACUGGUUUUGCGCCAUUCCGUGGUUUCAUUCAAGAAAGAAAUGUAGCAAAAGAAAGUGGAAAGCCUGUAGGGGAUACCAUUCUCUACUUUGGUUGUAGGAAGAAGAGCGAAGAUUUCAUAUACCAGGAAGAACUUGAAAUGUAUGAGAAGAGUGGUUUGCUUAAAAUGCACCUUGCCUUCUCUAGAGAUCAACCAGAAAAAAUUUAUGUGUCUCAUCUUUUGGAGAAAAAUGCUGAUGAACUAUGGAAUGUUAUCAAAGAGGACAAUAACAAAAGUGGCGGAAACCUCUACAUUUGUGGUGAUGCUAAAUCUAUGGCCAACGAUGUGAGGAAUAUUAUUUUACGAAUAAUUCAAGAGAAGGGUGGAAUGACAGAACAGCAAGCUUCAACAUUCUUGAAGAAAAUGGAAACCCAAAAACGAUUAUCAAGUGAUGUUUGGAGUUAAUCAAAAAUGAAAAUGUAGUAAGAUGAUUUUCACUUAGGAUAAUAGGAAAUAAAUUUUUUCCAUUUCUGCAAGUACCUCAGGGGUAUUUGUAAAUUAAGAAUUAAGUUUGAAAUGGUUGAACUUGUGAUACCUUAAGUGAAUCAUUGAAGAAUUUUCAUAUCAAAUUUAUAUGCCCUUUAGUAUAGAUAAAGAUAAUCCAUCACUUAAAAAAAUGUGAGAUGAUUAAUUUUUUUUAAAUCGUAUUUCUUCUCAUUGAUUGAUUCUAGAAUUCAUAACGGACUUGAAAAUCCCAUUUGCCUAAUAAGAAUGUAUAUUUGAUUGAAUACAUGAAGCUGAAAAAGGUGCCUAUAUUAUUUGUAUAUAAAGAGUCUAUUGUAUCUAAACUAUUUUAAUAUUGUCUUUUUGUUAUUUGUCCUUUUGUCGAUAAGUCUUGGAAGGGUUUUAUGUAUUGAGAAUCUGUUAUUUGCGACAUUUUAAAUAAGAAAGCGAAUUUUAUAUGAGUAAAUAAAUGAAUAUAAGAAAAA